AUGUGCCAUUAUACGCUGGCAUUUGGUGCUGAUGAGUCUGCCAAAAGCCAAGGUGAUGAAGGAAUGGAAUCAUCUGCUCCUCCGAAACAAAGCUUCGUUACAGUUUCCACAUACAACCUUCAAAAUAUGACGAUACUCACUGGGUAUAAUAUAUACAGCUUUCGAGUGCUAAUGAACCCCAACUUGUCUGACGCAGAAAGGCUUUCUGAGGAAUGGUAUGUGGCAACGUCAAUGUAUCAUGAAUUUAUGGAAUUCACUUUCGAUGGAGACUCUCUCAAAGAGGAAAUAAACGAAGCAGUUUUUCAUGGCGCACUUUAUGAGCCAAUGUGGCGUCGAGAACAAAAAUCUGAACUUGGACGGGCAGGCGAGGCUUCCGUAAAAAAUCCCCAUGCAAUCCAAAGUAUUCAUUCUAAUCAGAUCUACUUUAAGUGUUUGGAGGCACACACUCUAAAAUACUAUGGACCUGUUUUAGGAAGCACUCUAGAUCCAUGGCCAGAAUACGACGCAGCAAGGCAUGGUGAUGCACCUCAGCUUGUACUACCCUUGGGCUCAACAUGGACAUCUCCUCUGCCUAUAUAUGCACACCCAAUUUCGAUCAGAGGGCUUCUGGUCCUUAUAUACCAGAAAGUAUGGGAUAUUCCACCCUGCUAUGCACAUGCAAUCACCAUCGAAGAUGAUUAUGCUAAAGAUAUUGAUUAUCAAUACAAAGUUGUUCUUCCGUCUAAUUUCAACGGAUAUUUAUCGCCAGUGUCAGUCAUUACCCCCACCCUGCACGGGUUUUCGAAACCGAGUAAACGUACUUAUGCAGAAUAUCUCGUGUUAAAUCAAGAUGGGAGAAUGGACAAAGCCAAAACUCUUCAAAGUCGUCUUGAAAGAUUUCGCGAUUUAUUUCAUGAAAUCAAUGCAACUAUGCAUCAACAAUUCAAAACACUCAUGGAUAACGCGUGGUUAUUUGCUUAUUUCCAAGAACCGCCGGAACCUGAUAUUGAGGAAGCAGAAUAUGAGAAUGAUUUUGAGAAAUGGCUUGAUAAUUGGACAGAGUCCUCGAACAAGCUUACUGAAGCCUUGGAUGGCACAGCCAUUAGUUCCAGCUUACAUGGCAACAAAUAUCAUGAAGAAGAAAUCAAUCAACGUAUCAAUCUCAUAAGUUUCGGAGCAAAUCUAUCGAAGCUUAUCGAAUUACUUAAAUUCAUAGAAGGAGAAAAUGAUAUGAAUUUGCAAAGGUACUACAAUAAUAGCAUCGAUACCUACUGGGCCAGUCGCCGAAAGCUCUCUCCUGAAUCCGAUUACGCGACUGUCGUUGCGAACAAUGCGUCGAGUGCACAAGAGGCAGAAAAGUGA